UUUUCAUUAUCAUUAGUUUUAUCUGUGUAAUUAUAGUAACCUUUGAAAAUGUCUUUGUUUCUUAAAUUUGUGUUUGGAGUCGUUUUGCUGACCGUUUUUGUGGAGGGGCACGACAAAGUCGUAGUCUGCUACUACGGCACAUGGGCCACCUACCGCUCUGGCGACGGCAAAUUCUCCGUCUCCGACAUCAACGCUUCACUCUGCACCCAUCUCGUUUACACCUUCGUCGGGAUCCAUGACGAUGGGACUGUUAUCUCGCUCGAUCCGUAUCUGGACUUGCCUGAUAAUCAAGGACUUGACAAUUUCAAGAAAUUCAACGCAUUGAAGCAACAGAACAACCAGUUGAAAACUAUUCUGGCCGUCGGGGGCUGGAAUCAGGGAUCUGCAAACUACUCCACGAUGGCAGCCUCCGCUACCCUGCGCAAGACCUUCAUCACCACCGCCAGAGAUAUGGUCCUGACCUACGGUUUCGACGGCUUAGACAUAGAUUGGGAGUACCCCAACCAACGGGACAGUACUCAGGGAGUUGCUGACGUGAACAACUUCUCUUUAUUACUGAAGGAAUUAAGGGAAGAGUUCGAUAAACAUGGACUGUUGAUUACUGUUGCUGUUGCCGCUGUGGAGUCGAGUGCGUCGCUGUCUUAUGAUAUCCCUAAUGUGGCCAAGUACGUGGACCUCGUAAACAUCAUGACAUACGACCUGUAUGGCGCCUGGGAUUCGAUCACCGGCCACAACGCUCCCCUCCACGUAGAUCAGGGUAGGAUCUACGCUGUGGAUGCCGCUUUGAACUAUUGGCUCUCACAAGGCUGUCCCCCAGAAAAGGUUGUAAUGGGCAUACCUUUCUACGGCAGGACUUUCAACUUGACCGAUGCGAAUAACAAUGGGGUAGGGGCUCCAUCAAGUGGGGUUGGGUUCGCUGGACAAUAUACUGCUACAAAAGGCUUUGUUGGAUACAACGAGUUCUGCACCAAACUAAACACGGAAACCUGGGACGUCCUUUACGAUUCCAUAGCUCAAGUGCCAUAUGCCAUCCAAGACAAAAACUGGGUAUCCUACGAUGAUCCCAAUUCCAUAGCCAAGAAGGUCGAAUAUGCCAUGAAUCUCGGCAUCGCCGGUGCCAUGGUUUGGAGUAUCGAAACUGAUGACUUCCACGGGAAGUGUGGAGAGGACUUUGCUUUAUUAAGGGCUAUUAACUCAGCUUUAGCUGGAUCUAGUACUACUACUACUACGUCUACUACUACUCCUAGUACCACUACAACAACUAAACGUCCUACUACUACAAGUACUGCGGCCCCUACACACCCAACUACUGUUACUACUACUACUAGUACUACAACGACGUCUACUGUAAAACCUACGACAACAACAACAUCAGCACCCUCAGCACUAUGCACUAAAGAAGGUCCAAUACCCAACCCUGACGAUUGUUCCACCUUCUUCAUCUGUGUCCAAGGAAACUACGGCAUGGUUCCCACACUCAUGAACUGUCCAGCCAAUCUGGUGUGGGAUGAUGAGAAUAAAAUCUGCAAUUAUAGGUACCUUGUCAAAUGUGAAGCUUGAAAAUCGAAUGGUGUCUUGAGGCUAUCAAAAGUUUCUGAUGCGGGUUAGCAAAGAGGUUCAAGUAUAAACAAAAAUAGUGCCAAAGUAAAACGUGUAGCCACAGUGCAUAGACUACCAUCUCCCGAUGUAACUGAACAACUUCAUCUAGCU